AUGAGUAACGGCGACAAACCUCGUUCUUCGUUGUUAGAACUUCAAGACCCUCAAACUCGCACAAGUCGGGUUGAAGACUACUUGAAUCAACGCCCACCCGUCCAGAACCAACAAUCAGUCUUCCUCCAAGGAGCUAGAAGAAUUGCGCAAUACUGCUUACCGAUUAACAAUGACCUACUGAACAGACUCGAAGCAUUCCUCCCAGCAAUGCACGAAUCGACGCAACGGCUCCAGCAGCAAGUCCAAUCCGAUCCCACCAGCCUCGAUAUAGAACACCUCGACCCUUCCGCCCAGGAAUAUAUCGAAAUGGCAAGCCUGGGUGUAUACGAAUCGAGACCAGUUGAAUCACAUACGUCAAGCUCUGAAGAAGAUUCCGAUUCCGGCUCAAGCUCUAGCUCAGACUCGGAUUCGGACUCAGGCUCUGACUCAGACUCAGACUCUGGCCCUGAUUCGGAUGACGGACGCCCGGACGUACUCUCUAUACUCAUGCGAGCCGUUCCUCCUGUUCCGCGAGCACAACCUUUGGCUACUCGCCCAAACAUUGUGAUGCUCCAAUCUUCCUCUCCAGAACCACAGCAAGAGAGCAGAACAAGUUGA